AUAUCUGGACUGCCGCUAGACGCAAGUAGAAAAAGAGAGAAUGCAUUUGAGGUCUUUAUCUGUUUGAGGUUAUACAUUGUAACGUCAACCCUGUUGUCAAUAUAAGAGCUCUAUUACAUAAAAGGCAAAUCGAACUGAGAUCCCUGGAAAUGACCAGCCUCAUUCGAAUUGGUGUUCGUAAAGCAUCACUUAUUGCUCCCAGGUCACUGCUUGUGAAAAUUAACUAUCAGUCAACGAGAACAAUAACCAGCAGGUUAGACGAGUUGCCCCCAAAGCCAAAGCCCUGGCCCUACAAUGAGAAGCCGUACACCAACCUGCAGUAUUUCUUUGAUAAAACAACUCCAAGGUUUGAUGAAAAUACCAAGCUGAUUAUAGUAGAAGGCCCAGUGGCUUCAGGUAAAUCAAAGUUGGCGAAAGAAAUAGCAAAAUCGUUUGGAAUGAUUUACUAUCCCGAAGCCAAUUUGGAUAUGCAAUACAUCAAUCCCUAUGGGUACGACUUGAGGCAAUUAGACUCUAUGCUGCCCCCUUCGUGCAAAAGCUUUGAUGUUAUGGAUUUCAUGCGAAACCCCAACCAUAUGUUGGUGGCCAGGUGGCAAAUUGAGCAAUAUAUGAUUAAGGUUUCUCAAUAUAUUGAUGCAUUGGCUCAUCUCUUGAGUACGGGACAGGGCGUUGUCUUGGAUAGAUGUGCCUUUUCUGACUUUGUUUUUGUUGAAGCGAUGUACAGUCAAAAAUACUUGUCCAAGCCUGCAUAUAAAAAAUAUUAUGAAUUCAGAAGAAGCACCAUAGAUCACUUGUUAAAACCACAUUUGAUUAUAUACCUGGAUGUACCUGUUUCAAAGGUUUUAGAAAACGUGCGACAACGUAACAUCAGCUACGAAAAGAAUUCUCCUGUCUUCACCCAACAAUAUUUGGAAGUAAUGGAAAAGACGUACAAACAGAAGUACUUGAAAGAAAUGUCUCCAAACGCUGAGCUUUUGGUGUACGAUUGGACCGUGGAAGGAGACACUGAUAUUGUCGUUGAAGAUGUAGAAGCGAUUGAUUUUGACAAAUACGACGAGCAAGAUUCGCACUUCCAGGACUGGAACCUGCCGAAUGAGGAAGAAUGGGGCUGUGUACGCUCUAGAUAUGCCGAUCAGAAGGAAGACAUUUUGUCUUACGCGAAUGUACAGACCUAUGAUGUUCCAGAACUGCUAAUGAGUGGUGAGGACUCUGAGAUCUAUUUCAGAGUAAUGGAUGAGGCUCCUGGACAGCAAUAUGAAUUUGGAUACAACAAAAGCAUGGGCGAUGGGGGUUUCCUGUUCAAGUGGGACCGUCCGACACGCAGUACAUUACCUCUAAGGGAGAGGAGAACUGUGUAGAAUCAUCAAUCUAUCAGCGGCGCAGAAAAGAGUGGAUUAAACUAUCAAACUCAUCUGUCUUCAACUAAAGGUUUGUAAAUUGUUUAAUUAUUAACAUGCCUUGUUAUUAUUUUUAAUAAUAAACAAUUAUUUACGCAUA